UUAUAUAGCGCCUUUCAAAGGACCCAAGGUCGGUUGCUCACUGCACUGCAAAAAUGUCUUUCUUACUUAGUAUUUUUGUCUUGUUUUCAGUAAAAAAAAAAAUAUCUAAAAAACAUCUUGAAUAUUUUCUUGAGCAAAAUUACCUAGGAAAAUAAGCAAAAAAAUCUGCCAGUGAUGUGCAUUGAUUGGUGUAAUAUUCCUCAUCUUAUGAUUUCAGAUGGUCUGCAAUGCUGACUGUGUGAUCAGCAAUGUUGUGGCAAAAUGGCCUGGCUCAGUCCAUGACUCCAGAAUCUUUCGGGCCUCUGAAAUCUAUCAGUGCCUAUCACAAGGUGAAUUCUCUGGUGUGUUGCUGGGAGACAGGGGGUAUGGCUGCCAGCCUUUUCUCCUGACACCUUUCACAGACCCCCAGGAAGCACAGCAGGCCUACAACCAUGCCCAUGCCAGGACCAGGGCCAGAGUUGAAAUGACCUUUGGCCUCCUGAAGGCACGCUUUCACUGCCUUCACAAAUUAAGGGUCAGCCCUGUUAGGGCAUGUGAUAUUACUGUGGCUUGUGCUGUCCUCCACAAUGUGGCCUGCCUGAGGAAGGAGAGGGCCCCCAGAGUGCCACCAGCCAUGGACUGGGACAAUCCGGCAAUCUUCCCUGAUGACGACAGUGGUCGGCUGCUGAGGGACCAAUAUGUGUUGAAUUAUUUUAGUUAGUAUGUGUGCUUUCAAUUUUGGUUAAAUAUGUCCUGCGGUGGCAGAGGAAUUUGGGUUUUUUUGGGUUUGUUUUUUUACGAAUUUGGCCUCUUAUGAUGUUUGUGCGGUAUACUGUGUGUAAUACAAGGCUGCAGGGAGGCUACUGCAUCCAUUCAUUUGUCUGUUCAGUUGAUGUGUAUGGAUUUGUCCUGCAUUUAUUUUAGUGUGCAGACAUGCAGGGUGUGUUAUAUACAGACCUUUGAAUGUGUAUGUAUCAUUUUGUAUAAUAUGCUUGGAUUCUGUGCUUUCCAUCUUGUAGAGUCACUGUGACUUCAGUUUCGAAAGGAGCUGAUGGUUUACCUGCUUUGUUUUGUCCUUAUUCAAUAAAGGAACAUAAUGUUACACAUUGUGUUUUUAUAUUCAUAUGGAAUGUGUAUUUGUUUAUAUGACAGAGUACUAGGGCCACACUGAAGAAAAAGGAUAAAGUCAUAAAUUUAUGAGGCUGGUUCUUUCUGCAGAAAAGCUACAUAUUGUUUUUACAGUUUUGAUACUUAUGACAAUGUGAUACUUAAUAUUCUGGCACAUCAGCAUGUCUUUGUUUAUGAAACCAUACUGAAGUACAAUUUCACGAAAUGCCCCGCAUCUGUCAUUUUAACAACUG